AUGGCUAACAACAAUAAUCUUGCCAUAACCUCCGAAAUUGAAGAUCUCCAAGACGACAUUGCCUUUAGAGAAGGCCUUAUUGCCAGUCUUCAAGAGAUGGGGACAGAUGAGAAUGACGGAGACGUUCAAGAACACCGUACCGAAAUCAGAUCUCAGCAAAAUCGAAUCCGUGCAUUACAGCGAACCAUGAACAAGAAUAGCGUUGGGAAUCCCGUCAAUCGUCAGGGACCGUCCUCACAAGAAGCUCACAGUGCCAGUGGUGCAAGACUGUCCCAAGCAAAUGCCAGCCAUCUCGAUCGGAAGCGCCACAGAAACUACGUCUCUGGCGAUGAUGAUCACUUUCUCCAUCCCUCAAAGUCGCGUCGGACUACUCCAAGUUCAUGCUUCACAACAGCCCUCUCGCCCGCAGAAUCCUUUGGUAGUGUGGAGAGUCUUCCUGAGUUGAGUGCACUGUUUGGUCCCGAGGAAGAUAUCGAACGCAACAACCAGCUUUGGAGGCGACUCGAAGAACGCAAGAAACAAGAGGAGGCGGAUGCAGAGCUUGCAAGAGUUCUGUCUCAACAAUGGAGUCAGGAAGAUGCGACCCAAGAGCCGCUUCCUACUGCUCAGCAGGCUGACUACACCCAACAAUUCCUCUCGAGUGACGGUACUCUCAAUCGACGCCCGGCCACCGCGUAUGCUGCCAACGAAGGAAGACGGUCGAACUCGUCUGGAAGUGCUUCGACUCCAGGUUUGCAAUCUACAGACACUCGCCCAAAUCACUCCUUCGUAUUCACUGCUUCCGAGCCUUCAGGAUAUCGAGGACCAAACAAGCAAGACCCCCUGACGACUCGAACUUUGUUCUCGGCACCUCAGAGAACGAGUGAAGAAGAAUCCGGGCGGUCACAGCCUUAUCCCGCUUGGGCCCAGUCAUCAUCAACUCUGCUAUCUGGGGCGAUGCCAGGGGCUUUCCCGGGAUCGCAGCAUCCUAUCAGCACUGGAGGCUCUUCGGUCUACAACUUGACUUCGUACAAUGGUGCUUCCUCGUCCUUGAACAGCUCGCAAUCCUUUACUCUCCGCAGCAAUUCCUUCAACCCGCCAUCUUUACCUUUUGGCGCUCCGUCGUCUAUGCCACACUCCUAUCUUCGAGAUCAGUACAGCGAUCCAACGAAGACGCAAGAGGAGAUCGAGACACUAAUGAAACAUAUCAGACCGGAUGAAGAGUUUACCCCGGAUCAAGUAACACAACAACCAAAGGAGCUCGGCGCAACUAUGAUGCCGCACCAACUGUACGGACUGACGUGGAUGCAAAAGAUGGAAGAUGGUAGUAACAAGGGUGGGAUUCUUGCUGAUGAUAUGGGGCUAGGCAAGACUAUACAGAGCAUCGCCUUGGUCUUGAGCCGGCCACCACCAUCCAACAAGCAUUUACCAACUCUCGUCGUGGCCCCGGUAGCCCUUAUGCAGCAAUGGAAGCGCGAACUAGAAAACAUGGUCAUGGCGCGGCAUCGUCUCAACGUUUUCAUUCUUCAUGGACAGACUAGAAAUACCACCUGGUCUGCGCUGCGCGCAUACGACGUUGUGCUCACCACAUAUGGUCUACUGUCGUCAGAAUUGAAACGCAAACUCGAUUGGGAAGAAAAGGUAAAGCGCAUACCUGAUGCGCGCGAGGACUGUCCUGUGUUAGGCGAGCGUUCACACUUCCACCGCAUCAUCCUAGAUGAGGCACAAAAUAUCAAAAACGCGCGUACAAAGUCCGCCAUAGCGUCAUGCCGUGUCAAUGCAGACCAUCGGUGGGCACUCACCGGAACUCCUAUGCAGAAUAACGUGGAGGAAAUGUUCAGCUUAGUCAAGUUUUGCCGUAUUCGUCCCUACAAUGAAUGGGAACGUUUCAGACAAGACAUUUCCCAGCCUCUCAAGAUGACCUGGGCAAGUCGAAAGGAAAAGGGUAUGAAAACCUUACAAGCAUUGCUCCGGGCAAUCCUAUUGCGGCGAACCAAGCACUCGAAGAUCAAUGGCCAGCCAAUACUACAGCUACCGGACAAGCAUACCGUGGAAGAACGAGUCGUCUUCAAUGAGGACGAGUUGACCUUCUACAAAGCACUUGAGGCCAAGGCACAGAUCCAAAUCAACAAGUACAUCCAGAAGAACACGAUUGGCAGAAACUAUUCUCAUGCGCUUGUCCUGCUAUUGCGUCUGAGGCAAGCGGCUUGUCAUCCCCAUCUUGUCACCCAAAGCAAGGAUUUCACCCAAGCGGCCGCCAACCUCGAUUCCAAUGAUCUCAUCACGAACGCUAUUGAACUCAAGGCCGACGUUGUGAAACGAUUGAUAGAUGCCGACUCCUUUGAGUGUCCCAUCUGUAUGGACGUGGAUGAGAACCCGGCUCUAUUUCCCUGCGGUCACAGCCUCUGCAACGAUUGUCUCAGCAAAUUGGUGGAUCAAGCUACCAACGAUGCUGAAGGCCGCCCGAAAUGCCCGCAUUGUCGUUCUCACAUUGACGCCCACAAAGUCACCGAUGUCAUGAGUUUCUACCGUGUACAUUGUCCCGAGCGAGAGGGCGUAGAGCCUCUUCCAGAAGUAGACUCGGACUCAGAUUCCGCUUCAGAGUCUAGUGACGAGAGCGACCAAGACGAGGGUGACGAUCUUCGUGGCUUCAUUGUGUAUGACGAUGAUGACAAGCCAGGAGGCAAGGUACCAAAGCGAUCAAAAACAAACAAGGACAAGAAGUCUUCAAAGACCAAGAAUAAGUCGAAGCCUCAUGAUGCUUUCAAAUCGCUUGCACAAUUGCGCAAAGAGGGACUCAAAAGCAAACAUGCUAAGCGGAAGUACCUCAAACGCCUCCGGAAGACCUUUGUGACUUCGGCAAAGAUUGAUCGAACUGUGCAAUUACUUGAAGAGAUCAGAGACCGUGGCGAGAACGAAAAGACAAUCAUCUUCUCGAACUUUACUUCGUUCCUGGAUCUCCUUGAAGUUCCCCUUCAUGAUCACCAAGAUUUUCGCCAUUACGUGCGCUACGAUGGUAGCAUGUCUCCAACCGAUCGCAACAACGCAGUAUUAGAGUUUACGGACAAUCCUCAUUGUAACAUCAUCCUCGUCAGUCUGAAGGCUGGUAAUUCAGGAUUGAAUCUCACAGCCGCGAAUCAUGUCAUCAUGCUUGAUCCCUUCUGGAACCCCUUUGUAGAAUUCCAAGCAGCAGACCGUUGUUAUAGAAUUGGACAGAAGCGGGAGGUGACCGUUCACCGAGUCUUGAUUGGAGAAGGCGAGGAUUCUGAGGCAGAACCCACCCCUGGAGGAUUUACGGUCGAAGAUCGCAUCUUGGCCUUGCAGGAGAAGAAGCGCCAGUUGGUGGAGACGGCUCUCGACGAGUCGGCAGGGAAGGAAGUUGCGAGACUUGGAGUGAGAGAACUGGGUUAUCUGUUCGGCCUCAAUCAACUCUGA